GACGUGUCAAGAAGGUGCCGGAAGCACGGCUGUCGCUCCAAAAAAUGGCUUACCAGACAAUCCGACAGGAAUAUUUACAAAUUCCUGUGGUCACUAGAUUUUACACCACCGCUUGCGUACUCACUACAGCAGCCGUGCAACUAGAGCUCAUCACACCAUUCCAGCUUUACUUCAACCCAGACUUAAUAUUAAGGAAUUCUCAGGUAUGGCGGCUUAUAACCAACUUUUUGUUUUUCGGUCCAGUUGGGUUCAACUUCUUAUUCAACAUGAUAUUUUUGUACCGGUACUGUCGAAUGCUGGAGGAGGGGUCUUUCAGAGGCAGGACCGCUGACUUUGUCUUUAUGUUUCUCUUCGGUGGCCUUCUCAUGACAAUAUUUGGCACAUUUGUUAAUCUUGUGUUCUUGGGCCAAGCUUUCACCAUUAUGCUGGUGUACAUAUGGAGCAGACGCAACCCAAACGUACGCAUGAAUUUCUUUGGCCUUUUGAAUUUCCAGGCACCCUUCCUUCCAUGGGUGCUCAUGGGAUUCUCUCUGCUGCUGGGAAACUCCAUCAUUGUGGAUCUUUUAGGUAUUGCAGUGGGACACGUUUAUUUCUUUCUGGAGGAUGUGUUCCCCAAUCAACCCGGUGGUGGCAGAUGGCUGAAGACUCCUUUCUUUCUGAAAAUGCUCUUUGAUACACCAGAGGAAGAUGCCAACUAUAACCCUCUCCCUGAAGAGCGUCCCGGAGGUUUUGCCUGGGGAGAGGGUCAGAGACUUGGAGGAUAGAUCCAGUGCUGUCGUGCCUGCCUCUUCUUACUGGACAUCUUUGAGAACAAGGGGAAAAAAACAUUUUUUUCAACUUGUUUCUCUUGUGCUGUACAAAAAAACAGGAGCUCCACUCACAGAGUUAUAGAUGGAGACUUGCAGUUUGUGUGCACGGAAAUUAUCUGCCUCAAAAUGUCUGAGACCCGGAGCGCUCCUCUGACUGCGCAAACAUGUUUAAAACGGAACUGACUUUUGAUAUAUUGCUGUUGCCAUUUUUGUCCUGUGCAACAGUCAUUCCAAGUGGAGCAGCUUUGCAAGAAAAAAAACUUUGAUAGACACAAGGACAGCUGUAAUUUUACUUUUUUUAAAUAUAAGAAUAAAUGUAUGGUCAAAAAUAACUUGUAAUGCGUACUGAUUAUUUUGUAUAUGCAUGUCACAGAUUUUUACCCAAAGUAUUAUUGAGUUAUAAGGUAUAAAUACUUAACAGUUUGUAUUUAUUUGUAUUCCACAGACUUGUGCCGGUAGCUUACACUUUAUGUCAGGUAUGGAAAUUAUUAGUGCACAUUAAUACUUUUAUUGAAAAAAAUAUUUUGUGGUCUUUAAGAUAAGAAUUAAAAUGCUUAAAUGAGAAACAUAAGUUGAUGUUAAACACAUGAUGAUUGUUACAAAGCUGCAAGGGCUUCACUUAACGGGUACGUCGUAAUGUAGGUUAUAGCAUUAUUUAAAGAGGUA